UCAUCAUGUUUUUUUCCUGUCCUACCUGUGGAUGGGGUAGUGAAGUGGAUGAAGAUCCAGGUCCUGAGGGAUUUGAAGGCCGACUGGGGACUACCUGUAGGUCAGGCCCUGGGGGAAUAGCAGCAUUCCUAGGCAGAUAGAUCGCUAAUGGUGGCGAUUGAUGUGGCUGGCCAAAGUUUUCUCUGUUGGGGGAACUGAAGGCAGCAGUACACGGAGCUCACAGACAAGGCAGUGCAGUGGCGUGAUGUCACUUCCGCCCUUACGAAGGCAAACAGGAAGAAGGGCAAAACGGCUGGAACCAGCAUUUCUGCAGAGUUCUAUUAACCUAAGGUAUUUAUAACUCCGGUUUUCUUGCAGAUAGGUUAGGUUUCUUGCAGUUAGUAGACUGGGUGGUGCUUUGUUCCUUUCUCCGGUAUUUUUUCUGCGUUACCUUUGAGGAUCCAGGGCUGCCAGGCUGUACCUGAGGGGCACAAGGCAAGAUGUCUAGGUCUCCUGCUAAGAAGACACAGAAGUUAAAGCAUAGAGCUUGUAUGGCGUGUGAACAGCCAUUACCUGAUGACCAUGUUCAGAAAAUGUGUAUGACAUGCAUGAGAUCUGUUGUGGGAGAAGACCAAGCACGACAAUCAGAAUGCUUCGUUGAUUGGUUUAAAAACAUGAUGUCACAGACGUUUGAAGAAAUGAGACAGGCGACUAUGUCGGCAGAGGAUGUGAAUAGGGAUGACCUGAUUGUAAUUGACCAGGUUUCAGGUGAAUCGGAGUCAGGAGAAAUAUCGUCUUCACCAUCAACUUCUAAAGAAAUGAAGGAAAGUAUAUAUUUGUUUUCGCCAGACAAAAUACAAAAGCUUAUAAAAGCAGUUAAUAGGGUCAUGGAGGACCAGAAAAAGAAAAAGAAGCAAGAAACAAGUAAAGAUACACUUUUAUUUUUUUCUCAGCAAAGUGAGGAUACUUUUCCAGUUAAUUCCAUUAUUAAGGAUCUAAUGCAGGCUGAAUGGAAGGAUCCAUCGAAAAGAGCUGAUAUAUCUAAAAGAUUCAAGCAGAUGUUCGCUCUGCAUAAACAGGAAAUAUCAACUUGGGAAAAUCCUCCUGCAGUGGAUAUCCCGAUAGCAAGAAUGUCUCGAAGGACAACAAUACCGGUGGAAGAGACAUCAGGAUUGAAAGAUCCGAUGGAUAGAAGAGCUGAUACGGCAUUGAGAAGAUCUUAUGGGGCAGCGGCAGAACUGUCAAAACCUUCUAUAGCAGCAGUUUCAGUAUCCAGAACAUUAAAAUACUGGCUGAACAAUCUGGCAGAAGAUAUUGACUCUGGAGUGUCAAGGGAUGAUUUAUUGGAUGCCUUUAAGUAUAUUACAUUAGCGGCUGAUUUUUUGUGCGAUACAGCAGUGGAAUCAGUGAAAUUAUCUGCGAGAUUGAUGGCCUUAUCAUCUGUAGGCAGAAGAGCCUUGUGGAUGAAGGCCUGGAAGGCAGAUUUGUCAUCCAAGAACAGCCUUUGUUCAAUGGGAUUUGAACCAGGAAAAUUGUUUGGUUCAAAACUAGAUGCCUUAAUAGAGAGUCUACAAGGAGGGAAAUCUAAGACUCUGCCUCAGGACAGACCAAGGGCAUUAAAGAGAAAUUUUUUUCGUUAUAGAUCAAGGAGCAGAUCACCAAGAUCCAAGCGACCAAGGUUGCCCUUUCGGAAUAGAGAGUUCUUCAGGGGUUCCAGGAGAACAAGAACGACUGAGUCAGGUAGAGACAAUAAGCAGAGAGCCAAGACCAAGGACACAAGUAGUAAGAAGUGGGAAUUCUGA